GUACUUCAAACCGUCCUGAUAAGAAGUUUCGCAACAUGGCGGAACCCAAUUUAAGCGACCUGGAAGGGUUAGUGGACGACGCCAUCACACUGCCCGACUGUGUGAUCAACUGUACGGAACUUAGGCGAUUGCUGAAGCACCUCGUCGAAGGCGUUUCGAAGGCAUCGCAAAAAGUUGAAGAUUUACGAACAACAAUUGAAGAACGGUUCCAAUCUCUCGAAGACGCCAUUGCGGAAGUGAAACAACCCGAAGAGCCCGAUGAACCCGAAGAGGAGGAGGAACAGGAGCAACCAAUGUUGGUACAAUGCGGCGUGCCUAUCGUUAGUGAACCAGCAGACACACCCCCGUCACAGGAGAUCCUCACAAAGGAAGUAACUUCCGAGACACUGCUCAAAGAGAUCGAUGAGCAGGCGUCCCAAUUCCGGGAGCAAGAAUCAAAGCUGCUCGCCGUGAUAGGCGACCUCGAGCAGAGAUUAGCGAAAGUGGAACAACUGUUCUAUCAAAAGCUAGAACACUUAUCGAACGAAUUCCAACAGUUCCAGGUGUCGGUGGAAACCAAACAGAACAGUCUGGAGGAAGCAACGUCGUCCGCUUCGAUGCAGCAGAACAUCUGCACCGCCGACCAGAUGAACAAGCUGUCCGAGUUUACCAACAAGCUGAAUGAACUGCAGCGCCAGAUGGAGCUACUGCUGAGCCAUCGGGAUCAACUUCCCAUGCGCAUAGAAGCACUGCUGGAGGAGAAGCUGCGCGAAGGUGAACUAAGAUCAAGUUCUAGCAGGAAAAGUCUCCAAACAGGUGGUAGCAUCAGCUCGCGGAAGAGUUCCGUGACGCCCUCGAAAUCAUUCUCCCAAGGUCGCAUCGUAACGGAGUCGGCCGGUACAACGCAACCGGCGAUCGCGGAAACGUUGAGCUGCCUUUCCUGCGAUUCGAAGAAUGUCGUACAGCGCAUGCGCAAUGGGCGAUAUCUGGCCCCGAGGACUUGUGCCAAGUUGGCAGUGGUUGCGCGAAGAUUGGAAUCGGAAACGGAGGUUGUGCCGAGGUGGACACCGGGCGCUCGGUGGAGUCGCACGUGUGGUGGCUCGUACACGGUCGUUAAGCCGGAUGAGCGUGUGUUCCGGCAGGUGAAUGUGCAGUUCGGCAGCGAAGUUGUGGAGGAAAGCUCCGGACAUGAUUGUUAGGGGGAAUUGAAACGGAUAAUAAAACAGUUUUUCCCAACAACUUC